GCGAUAGUGCUCCAAAUCACAGUCGAGUUGCCAUGGUCGCUAUAACGUGGCAGCCGAGAGAUGCGGUGGACUGGACCGCGAUGUUUGACGAGCUAUGGCCAUGCCUUCAAGGAAAAGGAUGGCGUCACUGCGUCGCUGAUGACCUACCACCGUUCUACGUGUCCCCGGACCUCACCUUUCUCACGUUCAAGUUGGAUGUGACAAUAUUUGAAUCGAAAGAGACCUUGCUUCGAACUGCUUUUGUCAAGUAUGCAUCCGUGGACGCUUCGACGGCACACGACGACCUGUGGGACCUUGUGUGGAGACACCUUGAGACGCUUAACUGUGUGUCCUCAAUGUACCUGCGCGAUGUUGAACUGUACUUUGGCAUGGAUGUCGAGGCGGAGGACCUGGCCCUCAACAAGACCAUGUUCGAGACGAAGCGGGAAGCUAUCCUUCACGUCUUGAAUCUUCAUGUUGCGGAAGUGAAACAGGACAUCCAAGAAUUCCUGCCAACACCACCCGUCGACGUGACACCGCAAGGCGUAGAACCCGCGCAGGCCCAACCCAUAGCAGUGUCUCGCAAGAAGCGCGGACGGCCCCUCCUUCGCACCAACGUGACCCCAUGUGCUUUCAAGGACUGUACAAAUAUUGCUGCAUGCAACAAAGACUUGUGCUCCCGCCACAUCAAGGCACAAAAGGAAAUUGCCCCGGCAUCCUCCGUGCUGAAACGUGCUGCGACCACGCCCCAAACCACCUCAAGAACGUCCAAGGCCACCAAAGCAUCACAACGUGACCAAAAAAUGUGCACACAUAUCACGCAAGGCCCGCACAGGUGCGCGGUGCGCGUGAAAGGCCGAUCACGUCGCCAGAUUUUCAAACGCGGCGAAACAAAAGCCGUCGAAGUCAUUGACUUGCUCGACGAUAGCAACACAGACGACGAGGCGUCCAAUGCUGGGAAAACAAAAACUCGUAAAGUCACGAGACAGGUGGCGCCCCUUGGCACUGUGUCACAGAGCGCCACCCUCCCACGACGAGCCAAGAGCCGGCCACCAAAGGGGGAUCCUGCGUCCUCCCAACCGAUCCCUACCGGGGACACCUUCGAAGCCGCGAUCAAGCGGCAGAACAUGCAAAAUAACAUGAGCAAGAUGUAGUAGCUGCCACGAAUACGGGGCCAUGAUCACGACCGAAGGAUUCCUGAUCGAUCGUGAAAUUCUGUACAUACUUAUCCAGUGCGC